CUGGGCCACCAGUGCGGUGUCAUCAGCAUAUACAGCCUUGGCCAGAAGUAUUGAGCACCCUAAAAAUAUUGUAAGGACGCUAUAAUGAUAGAUGAAAAGAAAAACUGAAGGUUACAAAAAUAUUUGUAGGUAUCCAGACCGGUUUGUAAACAAUACCAUAUCUGCUUACUAUCGCUAAGACGUCUAGUUUUUUAGAGAUUACUCAGUUUUACCUUUCGUUGUGAUCAAUUCAGUAAUUUAGUGAGACUUUGAUAAUUUUAUUUCGAGAAUUUAACUAAUACUCUCGCAAUAUGGCAAACAAGAAUGAAGUGAGCAUUGAAAAACGUGUGAAAAUACAGGUUCUUCAUGAACAAGGGAAGUCCCAAGUAGACAUUGCGAAAACAGUGAAGUAUUCGCAUCGAUGUGUACAAUACACUAUUCAGCGAUUCGCUCGGACCGGUUCACUUAACGAUAGACCUAGAAGAGGCCGCAAACGCAUCGCCACAGAUCGUGAAGACAGAGUAUUGACCAGAGAGUCUUUGAAAAAGAGGAAAAAAACUUCUAUUGUCCUCGCUGCCGAGCUAUCAGCGCAGACUAAUAGACCAAUUUCUACCCGAACUACUCGCAGAAAGCUUCAAGAAGCUGGUCUAAAUGGCCGCAAAGCCGGAAAGAAGCCAUGGCUCUCAGACAAAAACAAGAAGGCUCGAAUUCAUACAGAAAAAUGCAUUCUAAAAUUAGUUUGUGCUGUAACUACCAUGUAA